AGUAAAUAUGUCUCUGAUUUCAAAAGUUUGAUCUAUAGUUUUAUCUUAUAGUCAAACAUUUUGAGUUCUGAGAAAUUCAGAUUUUAUUGAAAUACAUUGUUUGACCAGUUCUUUGAUAUGGCAUAUUGCAUGAUUCAUGGAUGAUUUGGACACAUUGUUAAAUUAAUUGUGUUCAGACACUGAUCUGCAACUCUAUGCCUUAUAAAUAUUUGCAGUUCUUGUGACUAUAUCGUGUAUCUGAAGUCAUCACUUGACUUUUUCCUUGCUUAUCAAGGAUUUAAACAAGACAAACUGUAUAAUCUUCUUCCCUUGUAAACCGCUCAAUCAAUCAAUAAUCAUGUCUCGUAAAAUCAACUGGUUGAUGGUUCUGGUGAUCAUUGCUCUGUUUAAUCUUGAAAACUCACUUGGCAGGCUUGUUUUUGAGGGAUCCGCCGGGUUAAUGAAUGGUUUCACGACGUUGACGAGCACCAAGAAGCACGCUUAUGGUCAAGCCUUUGAUGACAAGCCAUUCCCUUUCAAGAAUUCGAUCAACGGUGACGUGACUUCGUUUUCUUUUACCUUCUUCUUUGCUAUCGUCCCUGAGCAUAGACACAAAGGCUCUCACGGUAUGGCCUUUGUGAUCUCUCCCACGAGAGGCAUUCCCGGUGCAUCCGCUGAUCAGUACCUUGGUAUCUUCAACGAUACAAAUAAUGGAAAAAGCUCCAACCAUAUCAUUGCUGUGGAGCUUGAUAUCCAUAAAGACGAUGAAUUUGGUGACAUUGAUGAUAACCAUGUUGGUAUCAAUAUAAACGGUAUGAGAUCUACAGUAUCUGCUCCUGCCGGUUACUAUGAUCAAAAGGGUCAGUUCAAAAACCUUUCUUUAAUCAGUGGAAAUCUACUCCGAGUCACGAUCUUGUAUAGCCAGGAAGAAAAACAGCUUAAUGUCACCUUAUCUCCAGCAGAGGAAGCUAAUGUCCCAAAGUUGCCGCUUCUUUCACUGAACCACGAUUUGUCACCAUAUCUUUCGAAGAAUAUGUAUGUCGGCUUCAUAGCUUCCACUGGGUCGGUCGGAGCAAUACAUUACAUGUGGAUGUGGUAUGUGUUUACCUUUAUUAUUGUUCCACAACUGGAUUUUGCUAUACCAACCUUUCCUCCAUAUCCUAAGGAAGAGUCUCAGGUAAAGCUGAUAGUUCUUGUGACGUGCUUGACUUUGGCUCUCUUUGUUGCGCUUGCUGCAUCAGCUUUUAGUGUUUUCUUAUAUAAGAGACAUAAGAAAGUUAUGGAGGUUCUAGAGGAAUGGGAGAUCGAAUGUGGACCACAUAGGUUUUCUUACAAAGAACUCUUUAAUGCCACAAACGGUUUCAAACAACGUAUAGGCAAAGGGGGAUUUGGUCCGGUCUUUAAAGGCACACUUCCAGGUUCAAAUGCAAAGAUUGCUGUUAAACGGGUUUCUCAUGAUUCGAGUCAAGGAAUGAGAGAAUUCUUGGCCGAGAUUUCGACUAUUGGUCGGCUUAGACACCCCAAUCUAGUCAGGCUUCUUGGUUAUUGCAGAUACAAAGAAGAGCUCUACUUGGUUUAUGACUUUAUGCCCAAUGGAAGCCUUGAUAAGUACCUCUACGGAAUAUCAGAUCAAGAACAACUCUCUUGGAGUCAACGUUUCAAGAUCGUCAAAGAUGUAGCCUCUGCACUCUCCUAUCUCCAUCAUGAGUGGGUACAUGUCGUCAUUCAUAGAGACAUCAAGCCAGCAAACGUGCUAAUCGAUGACAAGAUGAAUGCAUGUCUUGGGGAUUUCGGAUUGGCUAAGGUAUAUGAUCAAGGAUAUGAUCCUCAAACCUCUAGAGUAGCUGGAACAUUCGGGUACAUGGCACCAGAGAUCAUGAGAACCGGAAGACCAACCAUGGGAACAGAUGUUUACGCUUUUGGUGUGUUUAUGCUUGAAGUUUCUUGCGGUAGAAAACUGUUUGAGCCACGAGCAGAGUCGGAAGAGGCUAUUCUUACAAACUGGGCGAUAAAUCGUUGGGAAAACGGUGAUAUUGUAGAGGCGGCUACUGAAAGAGUCCGACAAGAUCAUGAUAAGGGACAGCUCGAGCUUGUUCUGAAGCUAGGAGUGUUAUGUUCACACCAGGCUGAAGAGGUUAGGCCGGAUAUGGCUACUGUGGUUAAGAUCUUGAACGGAGUUUCUGAGCUUCCAGAUAAUCUGCUUGAUAUUGUUAGAUCCGAGAAGUUUGAAAAUUGGUACGAGAGGUACAGCAAAGUGCUUGAUCCGGUGACGACGGUGGAGUCCAUAGGUAACUUGGCCAUUACGGAACCUAUACUUCCGUCGGGCAGACCAAGGUUGUUUCUCUAGUGGGCGUGCAAUCAAUCACAGGCUAAAAUCAUGAAAGUCCAGGCAUUUGGGAUAUAUAAUUGAUUAGAAUUAUAGAUUAUGAGAUAAUUAAGGG